AUGGCGCUGGAAGACGAUGAAAAAGGAUGCAGGAAGGAGGAUUUAAUGGCCCCCAAUAACGAGAAGAGCCUCACGGUCCAGCUUGUCUUGUCCUUGGUCAUAGGCGCGUCCGCCUUUUUUCUCUUCUGUUUCCUACGCCCACGAUGGCCAGCUCUGUACGCCGCACGAAAACGCCGCCUCGAUCACACGCUCGGCCUCCCCUCCCUGCCCAAUUCCGCGUUUGGCUGGAUUCCGAGCCUAUACAGGAUCACUGAAGAGCAGGUUCUCGCAUCAGCUGGCCUGGAUGCUUUUGUGUUUUUGAGCUUUUUCAAGAUGUCGGCCCGUCUCUUUGCCAUCAUGGGUUUCUUUGCAACCACUGUUCUCUGUCCCAUCAACGUCAACUACAAUAAUCUUACACUUGACCUCGGAUACGGCUUGGGGAGUACCAAGCCCGAAGCCCAAGAUCUGUUUGAUGCAUCAGGUCAAUCCUCGCUCUGGACCUCGGAUGUUGACCCGUUCAAAGACAAGGACGGGGAUGAUGUGGAUCUCAGCGCGAAAAAGGGCUGGUUAUGGUCAUAUGUCAUCUUCACCUACUUCUUUGUUGUCUUGACCAUCUACUUUGUUAACUGGGAGACGUUCCGCAUUAUUCGAUACCGCCAGGACUACCUUGGGUCCCAAUCGACAGUUACGGACAGAACAUUCCGUCUUACGGGCAUCCCAGAUGAUUUGAGGUCUGAAGGUCAAAUAAAGAAGCUUAUUGAAAAGCUGGAUAUUGGUACUGUCCAAAAGGUCACCAUCUGCCGCGACUGGAAAAGACUUGACGACCUUGUGGAUUUGCGAGAGACUACCCUUCGAAGUCUCGAGGCCGCUUGGGCAACCUUUCUAAAUCGACAGCGCCAGAAAAAGAAGGACAGACGCCCACAAGGACAAAAUGCCAACGGCGCAACUCCCAACGACUCCCAGGAUCAAGGGCUGGAUGAUGAGGCUGGCGAGAACGGACAUCUCCUGGAUUCGGAACAGGGACCGUGGGACUCCGAAGACGAAGGAAGGCCCAAAGUUAACAUCCGUUACGGUACUCUCGGUUUGCGGUCCCGAAACGUUGACGCGAUCGACUAUUACGAAGAAAGACUUCGACGACUGGAUGCUAAGAUCAUUGACGCUCGUGGCAAGGCGUACACACCUACCGACAUGGCCAUCGUUACUAUGGAUUCGGUUGCCUCUUGCCAAAUGGUGAUUCAGGCACGCAUCGACCCAAGACCUGGUCGGCUUUUGACAAAGCCAACCCCAGCUCCUUCGGACCUCGUCUGGAGGAACACUUACUCACGACGUGGCAUCCGUCGUCUCAAGUCGUGGGCCAUCACGCUGUUCAUCACGUUUCUCACCCUCCUCUGGAUCUUCCCCACGGCUUUUCUAGCAUCCUGGCUAAGCAUCUGCACCGUCAGAAAGGCAGCUCCUAAGUUUGCGCUUUGGCUACAAGACCACGCCAUUAUACACUCACUGGUUCAAAACGGUCUCCCUGCGCUGGUGGUUUCGCUUCUUAACGUUGCUGUCCCGUAUCUGUACGACUUCCUCUCCAACCGACAGGGAAUGAUAUCCCAGGGUGACGUGGAGCUUUCCCUCAUCUCCAAGAACUACUUCUUCACAUUCUUCAACACCUUUUUCGUCUUUGCGGUUUCGAAGACUGGAUUCGAGUUCUUCACCGUCAUGCGGAAAUUCCUCAAGGACACCAGCAACCUCCCCCGUGUCAUUGCCGCCGAUGUAGAGGGGCUCUCCACUUUCUACAUCUCCUUCAUCAUGUUGCAGGGCAUCGGUCUGAUGCCGUUCAGAAUCUUGGAGGCGGGGAGUGUGUUUCUCUACCCCUUCCUUCGGUCAAUGGCCAAGACGCCGCGCGACUUUGAGGAGUUGAAGCAACCUCCUCCCUUUCAGUAUGGCUUCUUCUUGCCCACGGCCUUGCUUGUCUUCAAUCUUUGCCUCAUCUACAGUAUUCUCAAUCACGGCUUCGUCAUCCUUAUCGUCGGCACCAUCUAUUUCGGCUUGGGAUACUUCACAUUCAAGUACAUGGUACUGUAUGCCAUGGAUCAGCCUCAACACGCGACCGGAGGUGCGUGGCGGAUAAUAUGCCAGCGUAUCAUCAUCGGUCUGCUUGUCUUUGAGGUGGUCAUGUUUGGUCAGAUUGCAACGCAGCAGGCUUUUAUUCAAUCUGCAUGCAUCCUGCCACUGGUGCCGUUCUCAAUCUGGUAUAGCUACUACAUCAAGCAGCGGUUUGAGCCCCUCACCAUCUAUAUCGCUCUCCGCGCCAUUAGAGCGGAUGAGGACCUGGAGGACAGCGCUGCCAUGGACGAUGCUUUUGAGGAAGAAGAUGGUCCUCGACCUUCGCAGGCCAUCCUUCGCCGAGGAAGCACUCUUGACGAAUACAAGGAAAAGGGACUCGUUUUCGUGAACCCCAGCCUUGUAGCCCCAUUGCAGCAGCCUUGGAUCUACAAAGACCCACCUCCGCCGCUGCCCGAGAGUGAAACAGAUGAACAGGAGCGGCCGAUCCUUCAAGGUGUCGAUAGCACUCUUGGCAUAGGGGACGAUAAUGUCUGGCGAGACAACGGGGAAACUAAUGUUUAA